AUGCCUUUAUCAGAGCCUGCAUUGCGAUGUGGAGCGACAACAGAGAGGACUUCCAGAUCGAAGGCUAGGAGUCUAGCAGGUGUUAAGUUCACCAAGAGCGAUGUGGAAGCAGGACAAUGUGAUGCAGUCAUCACGAAGGCUACAAGUGUAGCAAGCUCACGGAAGUCUCGUGAGAGUGCGAGGUUGACAGAAGCCUUUCAAGCAGAACUAGCUGUCAUGGACCACGAGGACAGGCUUGAUGCUCUCAAGGCUGAGCGCGAGCAUGCUGUGAGAGCAGUCCAGAAAGAGGAACGGAAGUUACAAAAAGUGAAGCUGAGAAAGGAGACGGCUGCUAGAAUAGCGGAGUUGGAAGGAGAUGAAGAGAGUGAUGGCUCUGAAGCCGCCAUCGAACAUAUUACCUUGCCAAAGGAACAGCCAGGAGAUUCCGUCCACAGAUUCUUCAAAUCUCAGCAAGACGUGACAAUUGGCACAGCAACUCCUCCUCUUGACGGCACCUCUAGCCAGACAGGGUUUGAAAAGAUGGCAGAGUCGAUGACUGAUAUGGCAAAGGCCAUCAUGCAACAGAAUAUGACGACACAGAGACUUGCUGUUGCUAGUCAACUUCCAAAGUUAGAGAUACCUAUAUUCAGUGGCGAUCCUUUACGGUACAGGCUUUGGAAAAAUGCCUUUUCAAACUUGGUGGACUCCAAACCCCUCGACGGAGCUACCAAGCUGAGCUAUUUGAAUAGCUACGUAGCAGGAGAGCCAAGGAAGGUCGUAGAGCACUACAUCCUGCUGGGCACAGACGAGGCAUAUUUCCAAGCCACAGAACUGUUACAAAAAAGAUACGGCAGUGGCAGUAUUAUCAGUACAGCAUUUUCGAAGAAGCUGAGCAGCUGGCCACGUAUCUUCGACAAGGAUCCUGGAGGACUCCGUCAAUUCUCAGACUUUCUAGAGCAGGUGGUAUCGGCUAAGUCAACAGAGUCAUCCUUGGGGAUAUUGGACUAUCCUCAAGAAAACAUAAAGAUGUUGAACAAACUGCCCCUACAUCUAGAAAGGUCAUGGCGGGACGAGGUAAAUAAAUGGCAGACAAGGGGUCUUGGGAACUACCCUCCAUUUGAAGUCUUUGCCGAGUUUGUCAGCAGAGCCGCCAACAAGGCCAACAUCCCUGAGCUAGAGGGUCUGCGAAGUGGUGAGGCACGACCAAGGCAGUACGAAGGGGACCGCAGCAAUCGCAACCAGCCGAGAGGGAAGACCUUUGCAACAAAUGUAUCUUCAAAGACAAACGUGGGAGAGUAUUCCUCAUGUCCGUACUGUGGGAGAGAGCAUCAUUUGGAUGACUGUCACGAAUUUACAAAGAAAUUGUUACAUGAAAGGAAGGGUUUCUUCUUUCAAAAGAACUUGUGUAUGGGUUGCGGCGUUACUGACAGUCACCAGGUCAAGGACUGCACUCAGAGGAAGGUUUGCAAGGUCUGUGAAGGGCGCCACCUUGCCUGUCUGCAUAGACCAAGGAAUAACCAGAGAAGGCCACACGAGGAAGGCUCAUCCAAGUGCACCAACGUAUGCUCUCUUCCAGAUCAAGAUGGCCAGGAGCACUGCAUGAUCGUGCCAGUCUGGGUGAGAUGCAAGGACGAGCCUUCCCGGGAGUUCCUCCAUUACGCCAUCCUAGAUGAUCAGAGUAAUGUAGGCUUCGUUUCGGACGAACUGUGUGAACAGUUAGGAGUACAGGGAACUAGUACCACCCUCCGACUCACCACCAUGCACGCAACGGCCAAUGUCAAGAGCAUGAAGGUGAACGGUUUGCAGGUGCUCGACUUCAAUAGGGAGAAUGAGAUCGACCUACCCCCGUGCUUCUCUAGAGAUUCUGUUCCUGCUAGCAGAUCCCAGAUCCCCAAGAUUGAAGUCCUGAAGGAGUGGCCUCAUCUUGAGCCAGUUGCUCAUGAGUUGAUGCCAUACAACAGAAGCGUCAAGGUAUCGCUCUUAAUUGGAAAUAACUGUUCCCGAGCCAUCCGCCCUCGAGAGGUGAUAGCAGGAGGAGAAGAUGACCCGUAUGCCAUGAAGACAGCACUUGGAUGGGGAGUAGUUGGCAAGGUAUGCCAGACGUCAGUACAGGAUGAUGGAGUCCUGAUCUGCAAUAGGAUAUCUGCAAUUGAGAGGCAUCCAAAGUUUGCCUAUGCGAGUAAGGCCAAGGAGAUCCUGGACACUGAGAAAAUCAUACAGAUUCUGGAACAGGACUUCAAGGACUCGGGUGCUAAUGGUGAGCCUUACUCCGUGGAGGAGACGAGAUUCAUGGAGAUCCUGGAGAGUGGUAUCCGCAGACGUGACGACGGCCACUAUGAGAUGCCGCUACCUCUGAAGUCUGCAAAGCCAAAUCUUCCCUUUAACAAGCCACUUGCUAUGAAGAGAUGGAAGCAGCUGUCUGGAAGGUUGCGGAAGAACCCCAAAUUUUGCGAAGACUACAGAGCAUUCAUGGAUGACGUCAUCCAGAAUUAUGCAGAGAGAGUGCCAGCUGACCGUCUUCAGAUACAGGAUCGGGUUAAUUACAUUCCUCAUACUGGCGUGUAUCACCCUAGAAAGCCCAACAAGAUCAGAGUGGUCUUUGAUUGCUCUGCUACUUAUCAAGGUGUGUCCCUUAAUGACAUGCUACUUCAAGGUCCAAACACCAUGAACAGCCUCCUGGGAGUGCUUUGCAGGUUCUGUAAGGAAGCAGUAGCUGUAGCCGCUGAUGUGAAAAGUAUGUUCCAUCAGUUCUACGCAGCAGCAGAAGACAGAGACCUGUUGAGAUUCCUGUGGUGGGAAGAUGGAAACCCCGAGAAUGCUGUUGUGGAAUACCGCAUGAAGGUACACUUGUUUGGUGCAGCUAGUUCACCAGGAGUAGCUACGUUCGGUUUGAGAAGAGCUGCAGAUGACGGAGAAGAAGAAUAUGGAGCGCCAGCAGCUAACUACAUCAGGACAGAUUUCUAUGUUGAUGACGGCUUGAGAUCCGAGCCAGAUGUUGCAUCGGCGAUCCAGCUUCUCAAGAACAGUCAGGCGAUCUGUGCAAAAGCAGGUCUAACACUGCAUAAGAUUGUAUCCAAUGAAAGGGAAGUGCAAGAGAGUUUCACCAAGAAGGAAGGGCUUACGGACAAAAAGGAGCUUGGGUUAGCUCGAAGUCCAUCGACUCUAGAACGAGUUCUCGGAGUCGUUUGGUGCAUCAAGAAUGACGUCUUCAACUUCAAGAUAGAGCUCAAGGAACGGCCUUUCACCAGACGAGGAGUUCUCUCAACAGUGAGUUCAUUCUACGAUCCUUGUGGCUUCCUUAGCCCCGUUAUGUUGAGAGGAAAGCAAAUCCUGCAAGAGCUCUGCCGAAGCAAAUUGGACUGGGACAGUCCAAUACCAGAAGAUCUCCGUCCACGCUGGGAAAGAUGGCUGCAGGAGGUGCUUGAGUUGGAGAACCUCCAGAUACCCAGAUGUUACAAGCCACGUGAUUUUGGUGAAGUCAAGGCAGUGGAGCUUCACCACUUUUCGGAUGCAAGCCAAGAGGGAUAUGGACAGUGUUCCUACAUCCGACUUGUCAACACCCAAGACAAGGUCCACUGCUCCUUUGUUAUCGGGAAGUCCCGAGUAACCCCGCUGAAGCAGGUCAGCAUACCAAGGCUCGAGCUAACUGCAGCUACAGUAUCAGCCAGAAUGAGUGGAUUUCUGAACCAGGAGCUCAAGUAUGACAGCUUCAAGGAAUUCUUCUGGACUGACAGCAAAGUAGUCCUGGGUUACAUACAGAAUGAAGCCAGAAGAUUCCAUGUCUAUGUAGCCAACAGGAUUCAGAUGAUCCGAGACCUGACAGAUCCUGAUAUGUGGCGCUACGUAGACACAUCCGAGAAUCCAGCAGACGACGCUUCAAGAGGAUUGUCUGCUAAGCAGCUUACCCAAGACAGCCGUUGGCUGAGAGGACCAGAAUUUCUCUGGACGGAUGGUAUAUUUGAAGUCAACCCUACAAGGCCGCCCGUCCAGCUGGAAGAAAGCGAUCCAGAGUUAAAGCGUGCUACUGCCCUUAAAACAGGAGCAAGAGAUGAGAAGGAAAGUCACUUCGAAACUAGCCGUCUGGAUAGCUUUUCCAACUGGCACAGGGCAAAGAAGGCAGUAGCCAGAUGUAUUCAACUCAAAGGCAAGCUGCAGAGCAAGGCUGUGAAAAUCUCGAGCUCAUCUCCAGAUGCUGAAAGGCCGUCCUUCAAGGAGUCGCUUUCUCUAGGCGAACUUCAGAGUGCUGAAAGGGUGAUCCUUAAAAGUGUACAAGCAGAACAUUUCCUGGAGGAAAUGCAGGCUCUGAGGAAUCUGGAAGCUACAGGAGAGGUCACCGACAGACAAGCGACCAGGGCCAGGAAUGCUGAACUCAAGAAGACGAGCUGUCUCUAUAGACUUGAUCCUUUUCUCGACGAAUAUGGAAUUAUCAGAGUUGGUGGCCGUAUAGACAGGGCAAAUAUUUCCAGAGAGAUCAGACACCCAAUCAUCCUGCCCCGAAAAUGCCAUGUCACCAGACUGCUGAUCGAUGAUUGCCACAGUAGAGUCAAUCACAUGGGCCGUGGCUUAACCCACAACGAGCUUCGCCAAAGAGGUUACUGGGUGAUAGGAGGUUCCUCUGCAGUUUCACAGUUCAUCUCACAGUGUGUAACAUGCAGAAAACUACGAGGGCCUCUCCUGCAGCAGAAGAUGUCGGAGCUACCGAGGGAGAGAGUUGAACCUUCUGCCCCCUUUACCUACUGUGCAGUCGACUACUUCGGUCCAUUCCUUUUAAAGGAAAAGAGAAGCGAGGUGAAGAGGUAUGGUGUCCUUUUCACAUGUAUGUCUUCCAGAAGCAUCCAUCUUGAGACUGCGAACAGCCUUUCCAGCUCUUCCUUCAUCAAUGCCUUGAGGAGGUUCAUGAAUCGAAGAGGAACUGUUCGACAGCUCCGUUCAGAUCAAGGCACAACAUUCAUUGGGGCCAGAAACGAGUUGAAACAAGCUCUACAAGAAAUGGACCAGAAGCAUGUGCAAGAAUACCUUCUAGAGAAUGGUGUUGAGUGGAUACCAUUCAAAUUCAACGUUCCACAUUCCUCGCACAUGGGCGGUGUCUGGGAGAGGCAGAUUCAGACGGUGAGAAGGGCCUUGGACACCUUACUUGCUAAGGCAGGCAGCCAGCUUGACGACGAAUCUUUUCGAACUUUUAUGACAGAGGCAGAAUGUAUCGUCAACUCUCGACCUCUCACCACCAAUAACCUGAGUGACGCCGAAGCACCAGAACCUCUGUGCCCACUCCAUCUUCUGACAAUGAAGCCGAAAGUAAUCUUACCACCACCUGGAAACUUCCAGGGCGAAGACAAGUACUCUAGAAAGUGGUGGCGACGUGUGCAGUAUCUAGCCAAUGAAUUCUGGCUACGCUGGCGCCGAGAGUACCUCCAGCAGUUACAGCCCCGCCAGAAGUGGACGCGAACGCAGAGAGACUUGGCCAUCGGCGAUGUAGUCAUCGCGAAGGAGACUGAAGAUGUUCGCCUCCAGUGGCCUCUGGCAAGGGUAGCAGAAGUUUUUCCUAGUCAAGACGGACGCGUUAGAAAGGUAAAGCUCCUCAUGGCUGAUGGAGCUCUGGACAGUAAUGGUAAACGUCUGAAGAAACCUUGUUACCUUGAUAGACCCGUCCACAAACUCGUGUUACUACUGCCGGUAGAGUCUUAGGAAUAAUUAGUUCUGUUGUUAAUAACAGAGAUGUAAAACUAAUCGUGACCUGUCUUUUUCUUUCCAUUUCUCUUUCUUUCUCAAUCACUUUCUCACUUUCUCAUUCAUUCCCUCUUUCUAGAUUUCUACCUUUAUCUGAGUUUCAUGACUUUUUACAUUUCUUGUUGUCUUAUCUUAUAUUUGCAAACAAGUUUUGUCAUUAUCACGCAGAAGACAGUAGGGAUUCCCCCUCAAGGAGCCUUUAUCUUAUUGUUGUAUAAUAUGUUCCUGAUGUCAGGAGUGUCUUCAUUUAAUGUGUUUACUAAUUUACAAUACAUAUGAUUAUGUAUUCAUGUGGUUAUCAACGGAAGGGGUUGAUUAAGUAUACUUGAUAUACAUCUAAGUUUAACUUUGUGUAUUACACUAAUCGGGAUUGUUUAUCAAGCAGUAUUUGGAGCAUUGUUGGGUAAAGUUGAUUUCUUUUAAUGUUCUCUUAAUGUUCAUGAAUGUUACAUGAAAGAUCGUUAGAGGUUAAUGUUGUUCCUUGGUAGUAAUAGUAGUGCAGUAUGUCUAUCUAUGUUGUAGCGUAGUCUUAAAUUUGGAUAUUAACAGUUAUUUUAGUAAAUGUUACUAACAUUUAAAGGAGCCAUGUCACUACAUCAGGAUGUAGUGAAGAAAUGUGCAUUUCUUAUAUAGUUUGAAGAGUCUUAUUAUGAGACUACCAGUGUCUUAAUAUGCCUACCAGCAUAUCUUGGGGGCUAUUGUUUACUUUAAGAUUAUACUACUAGUCACAGAGACAGGAAGUUCUUUGUUCUUCUCCACCUAUGUUCUGGGAGAAGCAAACCCCAGUCAUUCUGAAUGUCGAAGUGAUGCAGUAAGGUCCGAGUUACAUAACAUUGCAGCAGAAAGUUUUUAGUUAUUUUGUGGAACAAACUACAGGCCCAAUUCGGUAAGAAUACGAUAUCUAUUUCUAUAUAUGUUAUUUGAUAUAUACUAGAAUGCUAGGAUGUAUCUUAAUAUAAUCUCAGUUGAGUUUGGUAGAAUUUUAUAGGAGUUUCGUAAAGAUGAUGUUAGAUGUUGUACCUAGCUUUUAGGAGUAGACAAAGAGAUGAGUGUGUAUAAUGUAUAGUGUAGAAAGCCGAGUUCUUUGUCUUUGUAAGCAGAAGUUACAGUACAUUUUAGUGUUUCAAAGUAGCAAAUAUUCUGCUACUAUGUAGAUGAUAACUUGUUUAUUAUAUAUAGUUCAUGU